AUGCGUACUAAUUUACGAAUCACUGGUAGUGUUGAUCAAUUCGUCGAUCUGAGGGUUACAAUAGCACACAUCCCAAGACAAGCGAUUUGCAAACCAAACCCGACGGCUCGUUCCGUACCGGUGAUAUAUUCCUACAACAUCCCACGCGACUGGGUUUAUACAAAUGCAUCGGUCGCAUGACGGAUGAAAUCAAGAUCCGACCGGUAGGCCAUGAAAACGUGGCGCUUCACGCACCGACUUACGAGGAUGUAGCUAUGGCUCCGGGUGCGGGGGUGUUGGAGGAAGCAGUUUUAUUUGGGAGUGGUCGUCCUGAGGCGGGGAUUCUGCUUUUUGUGAAAGCGGGAUGUGAUGUGGAUCGCGAGGGGCUUGUGGACAGUGUUUGGGAGGCUUUGGAGCGGGAGUUUGAGGAGGGAAGAGUGCCCGUUAAGGUGAGGAAGGAGAUGCUGGUUGUUGUUUGUGGGGGGGUGGUACCGCGGACGACGAAGGGAAAUUUUGUGCGUUCGGAGAUUUAUAUUGAGUUUGAGGAGGAUAUUAAUGAGGCUUAUACUCUCGUGUAA